AUGGGGAGGGGUGGAGAUUUUUGGGAGUGGCUUCCAGAUACUGCAGAGGGGUACUCUGUGAGAGGUGCCUAUGAUUUGUUGACGAUUGGGGAUGAUUCUCAUAUGGGAUUACCCUUUGAGUUAGUGUGGCAACCUCAGGUUCCUUUGAAGGUUUCAGUUUUUGCGUGGCGGCUUAUCCGAGAUCGAUUACCAACGAAAGCUAAUCUGGCGAUUCAUGGUGUUGUCCCUGCGGAUGAUAUCUUAUGUGUUUCUGGUUGUGGUCACGUGGAGACAGCCGGUCAUUUAUUUUUAUCUUGUACUACAUUUGCAUCUUUGUGGCAGCAGGUGCGUGAUUGGAUUGGUUUUUCAGGAGUGGACCCUAACAUCAUUACAGACCAUCUGGUGCAGUUUACUCAUUUGGCAGGUGUUGGUAAAGCAAAAAGAUCAUUCUUGCAGCUUAUUUGGCUGUUGUGUGCUUGGGUUUUGUGGAGUGAGCGUAACAACCGUCUUUUCAAUAAUUCUUUUAAUAUUGUCCCUCAAUUGUUAGAUAAUGUUUAA